AAGAAAGGUAAAAUCAAGAAAUCAUCUAGAAUGGAUUGUCAAGCAACAGGAAACCCAAAGACUGGAGAGGCAACCGCCCGAUGCGGAGUGAUGGUGGGUGACGAUCUGGCCAAUGCUCGGGCCGGAGUAUUCGCCUCCACGCCAGGAGCUGUUGGACCAGUCACCAAAGGAGUUUAUGGAGCAGUGAAUGCCAAUGGACAUGGCCUCUCGCUGCAGCAUGGUCACAUUGAGGGCGUGGGCAGCACCACCACCGCCGCAGCCCAAGCCAAUCUUCUCCAUAACCAGAACACCUCUCUCAAUGCCACUGGCUUCCACAGUCACAGCCGAUCCCACGAUCAGUUUGGCGGCGGUCUUAAUCUGCAGACAGGUGCGGGUCACCAGGCUUCUGUGGGGGUCACCAGGGUGCCGCAAUUCGAUAUGACCACCAUUCAAACUACGGGAAGGGCCAACCUGUACACCUCUCCCAGUGGCAACCUCAAUCUCAAUGCCACCGGAAGUGCCAAUCAUCACUUGAGCGGACCGAGGCGUGGCAAGUCCGAUUUCGGCACCGGACUUAAUUUGCGAUAUGAUUUCUAAGUUUUUUUGUAAACUAUCUCCAUUUGAAAGUAUUUAAUU